AUGUCGGACGCCCCCGAGGCCGCCCCCCCAAGUCCCCCCACCUACACCAACCCGCCUCCGCCGGAGGUGACCAACCCCACUAAGCCCGGCAGGAAGACCAACCAGUUGCAGUACAUGCAGAACGUGGUGGUGAAGACGCUGUGGAAGCAUCAGUUCGCGUGGCCUUUCUACCAGCCUGUGGACGCCAUAAAGCUGUGCCUGGCGGACUACCAUAAGGUGAUCAAGAACCCAAUGGACAUGGGCACCAUCAAGAAACGUCUAGAGAAUAAUUACUACUGGAGCGCCAGUGAGGCCAUGCAAGACUUCAACACCAUGUUCACCAACUGCUACAUCUACAACAAGCCGACGGACGACAUCGUGCUGAUGGCGCAGGCGUUGGAGAAGAUCUUCCUUCAGAAGGUGGCUCAGAUGCCUCAGGAGGAAGUGGCUCUGCUCCCGCCCACACCCAAAGGCAAGAACAAGAACAAACCUCUUCCAGCCGCCGCUGCCACCACAGUGAGUCAGCAGGCGGAGUCUUUGGCGUCGCCCCCCGCGUCCUACCCCUCGCCUUCUCAGACGGCUGUCAUUUCCGCCACGCCCGCCAACGUCCAGGCCGCACCCCCAGCGCCACAGCCGCCGGCCGCCAUGAUGCCGUCCGCGCAGCCAGUCGUCAAGAAGAAGGGCGUGAAGCGGAAAGCCGACACCACCACGCCCACUACGUCGGCCAUCUCGGCGGGCCGCGCUGACUCUCCUGGCGCGCAGGACACCAAACCUGCCAAGUUGGCCUCGGCCCGCCGCGAAGCCGCCGCGCGCCCCGCCAAAGCACGGCGGGAGACGACCGAGGAGACAGCGGGAGGCGACGCAAGCAGCGCCCCGGCUAGCACCGGGGCGGGUAGCGCCGGCGGCAGAAAGGCGGGAAAGCUGGGAGAGCAGAUGAAACACUGCGACGCCAUCUUGAAGGAGAUGCUGUCCAAAAAACACGCCGCCUACGCCUGGCCCUUUUACAAACCCGUGGACGCAGAGGCGCUGGAGCUGCACGACUACCACGACAUCAUCAAGCACCCAAUGGACCUCAGUACCGUCAGGAAAAAGAUGGACAAAGGCGAGUACUGCGACCCUCAGAGCUUCGCCACAGACGUCAGGUUAAUGUUCUCCAACUGCUACAAGUACAACCCUCCUGACCAUGAGGUGGUGGCCAUGGCACGCAAGCUGCAGGACGUGUUCGAGAUGCGCUUCGCCAAGAUCCCAGACGAAGGCGUGGAGGCGUCGGCGCCGUCCACCACGCCAUUGGUUAGUAAAAGCACGGCCUCGUCCGACAGCAGCAACAACUCCUCCUCAGACGAGUCGUCCGACUCGGAGGAGGAGCGCGCCACGCGAUUGGCUGAGCUACAGGAGCAGGUUGGUGCUGCCGGCCAGUCCCAGCUGAAGGCUGUGCACGAGCAGCUGGCCGUCCUGUCGCAGGCGCCCGUCAGCAAGCCCAAGAAGAAAAAGGAGAAGAAGGACAAGGACAAGAAGAAGGACAAAGGGGACAAGGCCGCGCCCGCCGUCGCCAAGCCCAAGCCCGAGGAUGAGAAGAAGCCCAAGGCCGCCGCCCAGCAGCCCAAGGCCGCAAAUCAGAAGAAAGCGCCGGCGCGUAAAGCCAACAGCACCGUCGCUGCCGCCACCACUGCCGGCAGACAAGGCAAGAAGGGCGGCAAGGGGGCGUCGGCGGGUGGCUCGGCCAACGGCGAAGACAGCGGAGCGGCCGACGAGUCAUCCUCGCUGCCCAUGUCGUACGACGAGAAGCGGCAGCUGAGCCUGGACAUCAACCGGCUGCCCGGGGAGAAGUUGGGCCGCGUGGUGCACAUCAUCCAGUCCCGGGAGCCCUCUCUCAGAGACUCCAACCCCGACGAGAUCGAGAUAGACUUCGAGACCCUCAAGCCGUCCACGCUCAGAGAACUAGAGCGCUACGUCAAAUCCUGCCUGCAGAAGAAACAACGCAAGCUCCUGCAGAAGCAAGCCGGAGGCGGGGGCUCAGGAGGAGGGGCCAGCCGUUUGAGCGGCAGCUCGUCGUCUUCGUCCGACGACAGCUCCUCGACGGGAACGUCCUCGUCCUCAGAUACAGACUGA